AUGGCAACUAUUUUAGAACGUGAGAGAUUUUUAUUUAAUAAUCGUAAUGGUGAAUUAUUCCAAGUUGAUAAAAAGUUUAGUUUUCAAAUAAUCAGAAUAAUUGAAUUGGUAAUGGACAAGCUUAAUAAACUCAGUAAAGAUCAAAAUAAUUUUGGAAAUAUUUCAACAACUUAUCGUCUCAUUUUUAAUAAUUUAUAUGAUCAAUUACUAAGAGUUAAAGGUCUAACAAUCGAUCAAUUAGAAUAUGUUAGAUCAAUCAUUUUUGAACAAUUAUGUAAUAAUAAUAGUUAUGAUACCUGUCAUACUAUUGGACCAACUACAAAUGAAAUUGUUGGUUUUGAUAUAAGAAAAUAUUUAAAUUUUGAAUUAUUAACAUAUGAUUAUAUAUUAGGUAGAGAAUUAAAUCAAUAUAGUAGUGAUUUUAGUGGUGGUAGUAGUAGUAGUAUUAGUAGUAGUAGUAGAAGUAGUAGUAGUAGAAGUUGUAGUAGUAUUGGUAGUGUUAGUAGUAGUGGUAGUGUUAGUAGUAGUGGUAGUAUUAGUGGUAGUAGUGGUGAUGAUGGUAGCAAAAAUAAUAAUAAAAAAUACAUAACUCAAUUCGAUACAAUAUUAAGAGAAUUAAUUAAACAAUUAUCAUUCAAUAUUUGUACAAACCUUAGUAAUAGAGAUAGAAUUGUUAAGGGUAAAGAUUUCUUUAAUCAUUCAUUAAAUGCAGAUUUAAAAUUCAGUUUAGAUAUUGGUAGAAAAGAUUUAUUUUGGGAAUCAUUAGAUUGGAUUCAACAAUAUAUGAUUAAAAAUGAAAAUUUAAUGAGGUAUCAAGUUUUUCAAUUUAAUUCACCAUAUGAAUCAUUAUUACCAACCAGUACAAUAUUUUCAAAUGUAAACAUAAUAAAAAAAGAAUUACCAUCACCAGCAACGACAACAACAGAAACAACAACAAUUGAAAGCACUUUUUUAAAAAUUGAUAAUUUUGAAAAACCAAUACCAAAUGAAUCAACGAUUAAAGUUUAUUGGAAUUCAGAUAAAUUACUUGAAGUAUUCAAACCAAUUCCAAAACUAAUAAAUUCAUUUAACUAUUCGGAUGAAGUUAUGGAUUCAGUUUGUAGAGUAAUGAAUGUAAAUGAAAUUCAAAGAUUUAUUCAAUAUAAUUUCUUUGAACCAUUUUUUCAAAAUGAAAUUUAUUCAUAUUCAGUAUUUAUGAAUAGAGAAGAUUUAAUGUCAUUCCUAUUAAACAAUUAUGAUAUUGAUAUUGAUUUCCCAUUAUUUCAAGCAAGUACGGAAUAUUCACAAUAUUUAGAAUGUAAAUUCAUCUUUGAAAAUCAUUUUGAAAAAGUAAAGAAUCUUUCAAAUGUCAAACAAAAAUGGAUCGAAAGUCGUUAUUCAGAAAUUCCAUCGGGUUUAUUAGAUACUUUUUUUAAAUACAUUUGUCUUGAAAAGAAUAUCACAAGAUAUAAUCAAUUCAUUCAAAAUGAUAAUUUACAAAUUAGAAAACAAGUAAUUAAAGAAACAAUUGAAAUACUAAUUGGUCUACUCUUAUCAGGUACAGAUUACGAUGAUGAAGACCCUAGUCAGAAUUUUUCAUGUAUAUUAAGAAAUCAAAAACAUAAAGUUUCACUCAUUCAAUCAAUUAUUGAACAACCAGAUACUCAAUUAUUCUUUAAAUCAGCUUUAGAUCAAGUUUUAUUAAAAUCAAAAGAAGACAGAAAAAAUGAUGAAAUUAAUAACCCAUUCAAUGAAAAUCUUAAAAAUCCAUUCCUACUAUCUUUUAUUUUUGGUGAUAUUAAAACUUGUAAUAUCAUUCUCAAAUAUUAUCCAAAUCAAUUUAAAAUCACUAAAGAUUCAAUCACUGAAACAUUAAAAAUGGAAAAAAUUAAUAUUAUUAAUAAAGUUGAUAAUUGUAAAAAUUUAAUUAAUAAUUUUAAAAACGAUAAUAAUUUAUUAAAACAUUUAAAAAAUCGAUUAUCAAAUCAUCCAAUUUAUAAAUAUCAUUUAACUUGGUUAUAA